UAUCCCCAGCACAAAAUGGACGCCACCACCGCCGCGGCUGCGAGGCGCCUCCUCCUCCCGCUCCGCGCCCUGCCGCCGGCGCCGCCGCGGGGCGCGGCGGUCUCCGCGCGCCCCCGGCGGCGACACGGUCCGAGGAGGAGAGUCCGUGCCGCCCCGGCGCGCGCGUCGCUGGACAGCGCCGCGGUCCUGCUCGACGCCGCGGCCGCGGUGGCCGCCGGCGGGACAGGGUACUCGCAGGCGAGCUACUACACGUCGCUGGGGCUGUUCGUUCUCUCCGUGCCGGGGCUGUGGUCCCUCAUCAAGCGCUCCGUCAAGUCCAAGAUUGUGCAAAAGACAUUUAUCAAAGAGGAAGGGCAGUCGAUGGCGCCAAAUCAGGUGGCUGGAGAGAUCCUGUCGUUCUUCACCCGCAACAAUUUCACCGUCUCAGACCGUGGGGAGGUCAUCACAUUUGAGGGCACAAUGAUACCAAGCAGAGGGCAGGCAGCGCUGCUAACCUUCUGCACCUGCAUUAGCCUUGGGAGUGUUGGGCUCGUUCUAUCAAUCGCUGUCCCAGAAGGUGGCAACAACUGGUUCUGGCUUAUGACCCUAAGCCCCUUGGCGGGAGUGUACUACUGGACAAAAGCGUCAAGGAAAGAAGAGAUCAAGGUCAAGAUGAUCCUAUCCGACGAUGGGAGCUUAUCUGAGAUCCUUGUGCAGGGUGAUGACGUCCAAGUUGAGCAGAUGAGGAAGGAGCUCAAGUUCAGCGAGAAGGGGAUGAUAUAUGUGAAGGGCAUCUUUGAGACAUGACCGGGAGUUUGAUAUCUGUGAGUGAACAGUCGAGAUGAGUCUAUUUGCUGCAACGGAAACUGCAGAACUCAGGUGAGGAAAUGCAAAUUGGACGGGCAAAUCUGUACCUUGGCUUAAAGGAAAAGAAGUGAUCUUCAUACGGGAUUUGAUUAUUGUAAGUGUUGGCAGUAUGAGGAUAGUUUAUGUGUGAACUUGACUUUGUAAAAAGUUGAUGAGAAACACCUUGUUGAGCAUGAAAAUACUAGCCCUUUUACGGGAGAAAAGAAGUAACUGGAAGUUUGGCCGCUGCACAUAGGAACUCCAAUUGGACACCAGCCGAGCACCCAGGAUUGCAAGUUUGCUCUCCAUGUUGCAAUGGAGAAGGUCAUGCUUUUUUUUUUUGCGACCCAGGUAAUAUUGAGUACGUGGAGAUAUGUUUUGAUCUUUUCUUGCUUGUGCAUCUUAUAUGAAGCGAUCGCUUCUGUUCUGCCAUCCUGUUAGCAUAUAUUAUGUGGAGAUUACAACUAUUUAUGACAUCAUAAUAAGGAACUACAAGUUCGUGUAGUCA